ACAAAAUUCCUAUAACAUAAAAAACUGCAACAAAACAAAUAAAAGCAGCAAUAACAAUGAAUUUUGACAAAAAAUCUUUGGAAGAAGAAAUGAGAUCUAAAUCUCUUGAGAGAAGAAAUGAGACAUAUCUCAGAAGAAAAAAAUGGCAUUUAGAACAACAACUACAACAGGAGCACGAGGAACUAAAACGGGAAAAGAUUAAAGAAUAUGAAAGAAAACGGGUUGAGGCUUUGAGAAAUCAGCGAAGAUUUUCACAACGGAGGAAGAGCAAUACUUUACAACGGAGCAAGAGCAAUACUUUACAACGGAGCAAGAGCAAUACUCCACAGCGAAGAAAAACUCUCUCCACUGACUCUGAACAUUCUAAAGAUUUUGAAAUAUUGAAAUAUUCAAAAGAUACAAUUAUUGACCAAAAAGAAUUGCACAAAAUCAAGAGAACAAUCCAUAGGCAAUUUGACACGAAAGAUCAAAUCACAUCAGAGAAAAUUGAAUGGGAUAUUGAUGAUCUGAAUAAAAUAACUCUUCUGAGAAGAACAGAUGAAGGAUCUUGUCCGAUAUUUAAAAACAUAAAUGCAGCACAAGCAAGAGAAAUUGAAGAGACACAUAGAGAAGAACAAUCAGUUAUUUUAAAAAAACAGUUGCCAACAGACAUUGAUACCCGCAAAUAUUCUGCUGAUGAGAGAGACCUUCAAAGUAAUAGAAGUCUAGAAAUUGAAGAGAUUAAAAGCAAAAUUUCUUCAAUUUCUUUAAAAAAAAAAAUAAUCUCAAGAAGAAUUAGUUGAAAGAAAAGGAAUUGCCAUUUUCUUUUAACAACGUGGAUAAUCAAUACUUGGAUGGUAUCGAAAUAAAUAUGUGAGUUUGACAGAUUAUACAGCUUUUGUGGAAGUUCUUUCAGAUUAUACAGCUUAAUGUGGAAGAAAAAUAUAUGAAGGUAUAUAUAAAUGUGUACAUAUAUUUGAAAACUAUAUGAAGGUAUAUAUAAAUGUGUACAUAUAUAUGAAAACUAGAGAUGACAAUAUGAAAAUUCUGUUGUAUGCACACACAGGUAUGUUCUCUCAUUAUUAUUAAAAAUAUGGUAAGUAUUAUAGCAUUAUAUUAGACCAUUAUGAUUAAAACUA